CGAUGGUCUGGUUCGAUGGCGUCCAGAUUCCUGGCCUCUUCGAAGGCAAGUACAUGUCGUACGCUGUCCUCAUCGUCGUCGUUCUGUGUGUGAUCAAGUUCGCGUUGAAUGAGAUCAGCCCAACGCCCCGCAAAUCCCGCGGCAAACAAGCCUCCGCCAUCGAUCCCACGGCAUUAUACCCAUAUGGCGUGUCGGAAAUGCAGGGCAAGAGGCCAUACAUGGAAGACCGCCACACGGUGGUGGGGACGUUGAACGGCGACCCAUCUUCGUCCUUUUACGGAGUUUUCGAUGGACAUGGCGGCGACGGCGCUUCCGAGUACUGCGUCGCGUCACUGUGCUCAAACGUCAUCACUGAUCCUGCGUUCGCCCACGAUCCAAAGCUCGCGCUCUCCCGAGGAUUUGUCAAAACAGACAAAGAUUACAUCCAACUCGCAGACCGGUACAACAAGGACGACGGCACGACCGCCAUUGCCGUCGUGGUGCGCGGGGAUACCAUCUACGUGGCGAAUGUGGGGGAUUCUCGCGCUGUGCUCAUCAAAAAGAGUGGGGACGCUGUCCCUCUGUCUUCGGAUCAUAAGCCGAAUCGACCAGAUGAGCGAGAGCGAGUGACCAACAUGGGCGGCCACGUGAUUUUCUGGGGUGUGUGGCGCGUGGAAGGCAUCCUUGCAGUGUCUCGGGCCAUUGGAGACCGUAUGCUCAAGCCAUACGUGAUCGCGGAGCCGGAGCUCAUCGAAACCCAACGUACCGAAGACGACCUGUGCCUUGUCCUUGCGAGCGAUGGGGUGUGGUAAGCCGUCGAUCUUGGCAUAUCGCAUGACGCGAUCCUUGUAUCUCUCAUGUCGUUGCAGGGAUGUGCUUUCGAAUGCUGAUGUUGCCCGUCUCGUACUUCAAUCUGAAACGCCCCAAUUGGCCGCAAAAACUAUCAUGGAAUACUCGUACCAGCGCGGCAGUCAAGACAACAUUUGCGCGCUGGUAGUGGACUUGACCCGCGGAGGCAACCACGCCGGGACCAAGCGACCCCCCGGCGACUCGUCGUCCGAGGCUCAGCAAUUCCCGACACUUCCUGCCUCGUCGAGCGCAUCGCGAGGACUCGCGGCCGUCUCGGACAAUGACGACGACGACAUUGCCAACACCACCGACGUUGACAAAGACGUGCCGUCGGUGGAACUGGAUUAGACGACACGACAUGUACAUGUUAGAGAUGCAAGAGAACGAUAUAAGAACAAGCGAUAGUUGUUAUGUUGUGUCGGUGGGCAGCAAGUGCCGCGGCUUGAACUGCGCAGGCACGACAAUUCCUUGGGUCGCAAUGGCUUCCGUGCUGAAGCGGAGUUCCUUGACGCCUCCCUGCUCCUUGGUCCAUUUCUGCCUGUACGCUUCUAGAUCAGGGCCAGUCAUCGUCGCGGUCUUGAGGUCCCGCGGAUGGAAGUCGCACGUUUUGGACGCCGGCACCCACGUCGACGGCGCAUGCAGCGUAUCCGGGCCCACGAGGUUCGUGUAGUCGUAGCGCGGGUUGAGGUCGUUCUGCAGCGCCGGUCCAAAGGCCGGCUUGACUGCCCCACCGGACUGCUGCAGCUGCGUCGAUGUCGUGUACAUGGACGACGUGAAUCCCUGCGAACGGACGACGCCAGGCCGGUAUGCUUCCUCGACAAAGUUGCCGAUCAGGGUUCCGCAUUCAUACGACCGCUUCCCCCCGCGGAGGAUGUUGGAUCCCCCGCCAGAAUGCUUGUUUUGCUUGGACAUAUGUGGAAAUGGUCAUCUCAUGCUGCAGCGUCCAAAAUGGCGGCGCCUGUCGCCGUUGGCGGUAUUUUUGGACUGGUU